AUGUUGCUUAAGGAUUUAGGCUGUCGCCACGUCCAGACGACGGCGUAUCAUCCGGCCGCUAACGGCAUGGUGGAGCUUUUUCACCGCCAGUUGAAGGCAGCGCUACGUGCGCACGCAGAUCCUUCAUGGUCUGAAACGCUUCCUCUCGUUCUUCUAGGCUUAAGAAACACGGUUAAAACCGAUUUCGACGCCACACCAGCGCAGCUAGUCUACGGUUGCACGCUGCGGUUGCCCGGACAACUGGUAGCACCAGCCCCAUGUACUUCCACUUUUGACUACGGAAGUUACACUGACCGAUUGGGUCACCAGAUGCGUGAGCUACGUCCACCCGCUCCUCGAUCGCAAAAGACACCAGUGUACGUGCCCGAGAAGCUGUCUACGUGUUCACACGUCCUUCUUCGCGCAGACGUUGUUCGACAGCCUCUUCAGUCGCCGUACAUAGGACCCUUCAAGGUGCUGCAUCGUGCGAGUAAGGCGUACACUAUUGCCCGCGGUGGUCGACACGAAGUCGUCACCAUCGACCGUCUAAAACCCGCUUUUAUGGAAGGGAGCACCUCGCCUACUUCGGCGCCAUCUCCAUCCUCCCUACACUGGCCCUUUCAGAGUUCUGCAACGGACUCCGAAACAUUUUACUAUAGACCAGAAUGGUCAUCGAACAACUGUGUCCAUCGACCGACUCAAAGUGGCUUUCUUUGA